CUGGGGGCGCGCGGCCGCUCCCUCACGGCACUGCCCCGGCACCGGGCCCGGCUCCUGGCUGUCCACGGCUCUGCCCCACGGCCCUGCCCGCGCCCCGGCCGAGUUCCCGGAGGGAGCCGGCUGCGCCCCCGGGCCUCGCCGGUGACGGUGGCGGUGGCCGUGAGGUGAGGCGUCACUGUGCGCGCGCUCGCCCCAGAGCAGCCCCCGGGCCCAGCCGCCCCUCAGGCCAAAGGACACCCCCCACCCGGCCUUGGUGUGCAGGGAAGGCCGGGAGGAGCGGCCGCGUGCCGGUCCGGCGGGGCUCUGUGGAGCGCAGGUCCUGUGAGGAGCUGGGUGUUCAGCCUGGAGAAGAGGAGGCUCAGGGAUGGCCUUACCACUCUCUACAUCUCCCUGACAGGAGGGUGUAGCCAGUGCUCCCCUUGUGGCAGUAUCCCCUAAACGGGGCCUUGGAGCGGAAAGCUGCCUGGGUAAACACUGUAUCGGAGAGACUGCUUAUGCUUAACAUAAAGACCAGAAGAGCUGCAAAACAGUGCCAUUGUCACGUUUCCCCGAGGAGAACCCACUGACUGUGGUCAGCUGGUGCUCAGCCACAGUGGCUGGUGUUGGCACCAGGUGUCCUGGGAGCCUCAGCACUGACUGGAUCAGCAGGUGGCAACAAGGAACACGUGUGGAAACCAGAAACUGCACAACAAUGAGGUGCCUCAGCCAUCCACUGCUCAGGAGGUUGUUGAGCCUCUCACCUCAGCACGUGCCAGGGCGAUGGAGUCCAAGCGAAGCUGGUGUCCUCAGUCCAAACCAGUUGUCUCUGAGGCAGAGCUGCAGUGCAGGACCUGGGCUCCUGACUGCCACUGAUAUGGUCAACUACUGGCAGAAGGUGUUUGAGAUAAAUGGGAUCCCCGAAGCACGAGAAUCCAGUCAAUACAUUGUGUCAUUUGUUCUGGGAGCAAAAACAUUUCAGAGCCUGAAUUCCAAAAGCCUCCACAGUCCACUUACAGCAAUGCAGCAGGAGCAAAUCCAGCAGCUGAGCAACAGGCGACUGGAAAGGAUGCCAGUGCAGUAUGUGCUUGGUGAGUGGGACUUCCAGGACCUGACCCUGAAGAUGAGACCCCCAGUAUUCAUUCCACGGCCUGAAACAGAGGACCUCGUCUCUUUAGUUGUGGAGGAAGAAUCUCAGAAAUGUGCGAGUUCAGGGCCCUGCUUCCCAGUUCCUGUUCCUCAUCCUGUGAUCCUGGAGGUGGGCUGUGGCUCUGGAGCAAUUGCUCUGAGUCUGCUGUGCAAACUGCCACAGAGCCAGGUCAUAGCCAUGGAUAAAGAGGAGGCUGCUGUGGAUCUCACCAGGGAGAAUGCACACAGGCUGCAGCUCCAGGAGAGGAUUCACAUCAUCCACCAAGAUGUUUCACACAGUUCUGCCAAACAGCUGCUGCUCUGGGGCCCCAUAGAUGUCAUAGUCAGUAACCCCCCAUAUGUUUUCCAUGAGGACAUGGCUUCCUUGGAUGCAGAAAUCCUCUGCUAUGAGGACCUUGAUGCUUUGGAUGGGGGAGAUGAUGGGAUGAGAGUCAUCAAAACAAUUCUGGCUUUGGCUCCUUCUCUUCUGAAGGAUUCUGGGAGUGUGUUUCUGGAAGUUGAUCCCAGACACCCAGAUAUGGUGGAGCACUGGCUACAGGCACACCCAAACUUACCACUCACCCUCCGUGCCAUUCACAAGGACUUCUGUGGCAAGCCUAGGUUUCUACACAUCCAGAAACAAAGCAGAUGACAACUGGAGCAGACAUAACUCUCCUUGCAGGAUGCUUUGUGCUCUUGAGCCUGGCUGAACAGCUUGUGGAAAACUCCUUUUGCUGAGUGAAAGGAAUCUCCACUUCAUUCCCCUUUGCUGGACUCUCCAUGCAGUGACAGACCCCUUCAUUUCCCGACACAGACUUCACCCAGAGAUGCAGAGGUUCAGCUGAGCAUGUGGAAGUGUUUCAGUGUUUCACCUUCCUCAGGGAGCUGCAGGAAACUUUUUAGUGUGCUCUGCUAAAGCGGCUCAUUAAUCUCAGGACCCAAGAUGGAGUUCACAGCUCCAGAUAUUUCAUUAAAAAUACAACUUCUCAACGUGCCAGAUCACUCAUUUGACCUAGAAAGGAUUCCAUUAUUUUUUGGCCUUGAGAUUCAUUUAUAUAGAAUGUGACCAGAUUGGAUGAUAGGUCCAAAGUCUGGCUUAUAUUGGCACAUGGAUUUGCAGGUAUAACAGGACAGGACUGACCUGCACAUUUCAAAUUCGGUUCUGUUCCAGGAUCCUGAUGCUCCAACAGUAAAUCAGCCUUUGUUUCCCACUCCUGCUGAGUGACAUGCCAUUGAAGGAUCAGUGCACAUGUUACAAUACCUGAUCUACAGCCCUUGACACUUGGUGGAUGCUGCCAGAAUCAGUCAGAACACUGUAAUAAAGAUAGUGCUUCAGAUCAGUGUCUUUACAGGAAUUGCUCUGCAAUUCUUCAGACCUGACAAAACACCUGGCACCCACACAUUGCUCUGAUAGUAAUACCAGUGCCCAACUUCCAUGCCAGGCAUUUACUAGCAAGACUUUACACAGAAGGCCAGAGUUGCUACUGCUGUUUUGCAGAUGGAGAAGUUGGAAAACAAGAGGUGAAAUGACUUGUACAAAAUUUGACAGCAAGCUAAGUUUGGAGUAGGACUCAGUCUCUUGACAGUGUGGGAAUAGCUGAGGUCUGUCUCUUUGGGAAGGAUGACUCAGAGCAGGGCUGUCUGAAACAGCACUGAGAGAAGUCCCUGAAAUGGACAGUCAACAUCAUGACAUUAUAAAUAAUGGCAGGAUUAAAUUCAAGCUGCUGCUUGCUGUUGCUGCUGUUUCCAGUGUUGCAAGUUCCUUUCCUGACCAUAGCUAGUGAGAGAAGGAAGGAAAGCCAGCAAAGGAAAGGAUCUGGUGUCCAAAUGGAAGCAGUUGCUGGGCCAGUGGAGGUGAGCAUGGAGGUGAGCACUCAGGAGGGGUGGAAGUGUCCAGACAGUGAGCCUGCAGUCUGUGUGUGCCAGGGAUGUGCUGUCAGGCCCUGUCCAGGCUGGACUGGGACUGCACUGCCAGAAACAUUAGGCAGGAGGUGCAUCAGCAAACUGAGUCUGUUGGGAAGGCUACAGCAGAUUCAGAGGCAUUUCAUGAGCACUAAUACAUCUCCCUUUCCCCUCUACCUCUCCCACUCUCCCUGCUCUUCCAUUCCCCCUUACCUGCUGAACACUGGCCCUGCUUCCCCAGAGAGCCCCGAGCUCUCGCUGAUGUCCCAGCGCUCGGGUCUCCAGCUGGAUCCUUCCCACCUCUGGGCUCUUACAGCCCUGUGCACACACUGCCCUUUCCCCCAUUGUACCUCUGACACUGCAUUUAUCCACCCCAGGAGAUAGCCAUGUCCUGGACACUCUUUAUUUGAAACUGUGAGUCUUCUCUGGUCUGUAGUACCUGCCCUGGUCAAACACAGUAAAGGAAAUCUGGGGGAGGAGAGAACUAAAAAAGAUCAGAUAAAGUGCACUUGAGCCUAGGUUUGGAAAUAAAGCCUCAGCACAGCUGAUUUCUGUUUUGCUAGAGUUUUGCCAGAGCCAUGAGUACAAAUUUUAGUCAAAGAGGUGUUGUUUUGUUUGGUUGUGGAUUUGUUUUUAAUAGUAAUCCAUGGAUAUUUUUAAAAUUCAUUUACUCAGACUCUGUUUAGAAAUUAAAUUUAAAGAAAUGGUUCAGAUUU